GGCAAGAGGGAGGGAAGAAGACGCAGACGAGGAUAUCCAAGACAACAGCGGGACAAAGAUGGCGACGGCUUCAGCGACGGGACGUCUGCUGGCGUCCGGUCCCCCAAAUGGUCCGGACCGUGGUGGUGGCGGUGUCCGCCCCUCGAACAGUGACAGGACGACCGCCGGCAGGAUGCUCCGGCAGCAUGGAGUCAACCACGGCCGCCGCCGCCGCCGCCUCCUCCACCGCCGGGCUAGCACGCUCAGCUCCUGGUUACCAUGGAGAGGAAGUGGGGAGAGACCCAAGUGGGACUGUCCACGUCACGUGGCUCAUCUGUCCCCACCGUCUGCAGAUGGGACACACGCCCCACGGUGAAUGUUCUUCACUUGCAUGACGUCAUAACCUAACAACCCGCUUAACUUGGUUCAGUUCCGCAUGUAAGAAUCAAGAAUGAAGAAGAGUUUGGUAGACACGCCGCCUAGUGGCCACAAAAGCACACCGCAUGAGGGAAAACCUCACCUUAAAGGGACUCGCUUGGUUUUACCUCGCACUGUCAGCAUCGCUGAAUAUCAAGUGAGACGAUCGGUUCACAUGGGAACCGCAUAUCACCAUCGUGUCUCAUGUAAAUAUUUCAAUGAACUUUUUAAUUAGAUAUAAACAGCCAGUGUGCAAUUCUCGGAAUUCUAAUGAUGCUUCACACUCUCUCUCCUCCCCAACACACGCACACACUCACACGCACGCACACACAUGCGCGCGCACACACACGCAAACACGCACGCACGCACACGCACACGCAGGAGGAAGCGCGCAGCUCCUGGUUGAGACUGGACGCUCGGAGCUCGCGGUGUCCGGUCAGACACUUCCAGCGGUGAUGGACAACAUGACAUCAACACCUUAAAGGGUGAAUUGUUUCUCUGCAAAAUUUGUGCCCGAGGCGAGAGUCUGACCUCUGCCUUGUGCGACCAGAGACAUGAGUGUAGUCAGAGACUUGCAUGGGUACAGGGGCGGUGGCGGGGUUGUGACCUCGCUUGGCAGCCCCGCCCAUUUCACAGAGGAUGCUCCACGGCCGCCUGUACCUGGUGAGGAGGGAUCGGACGUGGACCCUCCGGGUCAGUCGGCCAACACCCGUCCAAACUCUUUUUCCCAAACCCAUGGCUUCCCUCUGCUGUCCUUAUCCUCCAAAAUGGGAGAUGCAUCAAGCUAUACGCCCUCAUCUUCAUCGGCCACCCCACGUCGUCCCGACCUGGACUUGGGUUACGAACCGGAGGGCUCAGCGUCUCCGACUCCACCGUACCUGAAGUGGGCCGAGUCGCUCCACUCUCUUCUAGACGACCAGGAAGGGAUCCAGCUGUUCAGAAAUUUCCUGUGCCAGGAAGGUUGCGCGGACCUCCUGGACUUCUGGUUCGCUUGCUCUGGCUUCAGGAAGACCAGCCAGGAGAAGAGGACCAAGCUGGCCAAGGCCAUCUACAGGAAGUACAUCGUGGACGGAGGUGGGAUCGUCUCAAAGCAGAUCAAACCAGCUACCAAGAGCUUCAUCCGAGACUGUGUGGGACGACCGCAUCCGGACCCUGCCAUGUUUGAACAGGCCCAGACGGAAAUCCAGGCCAUGAUGGAGGAGAAUACCUAUCCUUUAUUCCUGAAGUCAGAUCUCUACCUGGAGUACACACGGACAGGAGGAGAAAGCCCCAAGCCCAACCCUAGUGACCAGAGCCCUUCAUCGGGUCCCUCAAAGCCUGGACCUGGGUAUCUGCCCACACUGGCUGAAGAUGAGGAGUGGAGGUGUGGAGGAGGAACAAGGGAAGUGGAGCAGGAGAAAGCAGACGAGGAUUGCAGUGACACACCAGUCGGCCGUCUGACUCACAGUCUGCUGAUGCAAACGGUUCCACAGCGAACUGCGUCCAGCAGGAGGCGGCCGGACAGCCGAGAGUACAGACCCUGGAAGGAACCGGUGAACCCAUACUACGCUAACAUGGGCUACGCUCGUGCUCCCGCCACCAGCGCCAACGACAGCGAGCAGCAGAGCAUGUCCAGUGAUGCAGACACCAUGUCAUUGACUGAUAGCAGCGUAGAUGGUAUUCCUCCUUAUAGAUAUCGGAAGCAACAUCGAAAAGAGAUGCAAGAAAGUGCCAAAGCUAACGGACGUGUGCCCCUACCUCAUAUACCUCGCACGUAUCGCAUGCCAAAGGACAUUCAUGUGGAGCCCGAGAGGUUUGCAGCGGAGCUGAUCAGCAGGCUGGAGACCGUUCUCAGAGAGCGGGAGGCUCAGGAACGGCUGGAGGAGCGGCUGAAAAGAGUUCGACUGGAAGAGGAAGGAGAUGAUGCUGACGUCUCUGUGACGACAUCGAUGUCCUCUCACAGUCUGGCCCUGCCCCUCCCCUCCUCCUUCCCCCCUCUCUACGGGGCUCAUUAUUCAGAGACCACUGCGAACUCUGCAUCAGUGACCACCUACGGAGGUCUUGUUGCCAUGGUGGAUUCCCUCGACGACGACCCGGAAUCAAUAUUAGAUGAGCACGUGCAGCGCGUGAUGAAAACGCCGGGCUGCCAGUCGCCCGGGGCAGUCAACAGCACCUUAGGAGGAGGCGGUCGCCACACUCCUCCCAAAUCCUCGCGGUCGCCUGACGGUGGGAUCACACAGCCUCACCACGCCUUGCACAGAGGGACUGGCCAUGUUCCUCUUCCUCCAGCCGGUGUCAGAGGUGUGCACCACCACAAACCCUUGUACCACCACAGAGGAAGGGAAGGGCAGGAAGAUCCAGGGUCCAGGUCUCAGCCCAACUUCCUUUGGAACGGAGAGCCUACCAGUCAGUACCCUGGGAGGAGUAGGAACUACGCAGAUGGAGCUGGUUCCAGCACACUCGAGGGAAUGGGCUACAGCAGUAAAGGAAGCACGCUUACGAGGCGAGGCAAGAAGACGGCCGAGACACCCAGUAAAGGGGACGAGUGUGGAAGAGUUCUGGAAGCCCCAGUGCCAAUGGAGGACCUGGAAAGGAACCAGAAGAUCUUGCAAUGGAUGAUGGAUGGAGACAGACAAAGAAAGAGCUCCCAUGGCGGCAGCACCAGCAGCUCCAGGAGAACCGGCCCCAGCAGCGAGUCGCCACGACCCACUUCGGUGGAGCGACCGGGCGCCGUCCACCCCUGGGUGUCCGCUCAGCUGCGCAACAACCCCUCAUCUGUCACCGCAGCCAUGCCCUCCCUCCCAUCCUCCACCCAGGUACAGCCCUCGCACCCCUUCAUCCAGGACCCCGCCAUGCCCCCCAACCCUGCUCCCAACCCACUCACCCAGCUGGAGGAGGCUAGGAGGCGGUUAGAGGAGGAGAGGAGGAGAGCAGCACUGCAGCAAGCUAAGCAGAGGCACAAGCCUGGUAAGCGCAUCCAGUGUGAGAACAUGACGGUCGCCUACUACUUCUGUGGAGAGCCGAUUCCAUACCGAACAUCAGUCAAAGGCCGUGUGGUGACUUUGGGCCAGUUCAAGGAGCUGCUUACCAAAAAGGGCCAGUACAGGUUCUACUUCAAGAAAGUGAGCGACGAGUUCGACUGUGGUGUUGUUUUCGAGGAGGUCCGUGACGAUGACGCCAUCUUGCCCAUCUUCGAGGAGAAGAUCAUCGGAAAGGUGGAGAAGGUUGACUGAAUUUUCAAACGUGUUUAUGCGGGGAACAGAGAAUGAUCAAGUGAAGGAUGAGUGGGCGAACAAGGUUCGAAUGGAAACUCGAGCGAAAGCAAGUAGCGAGAUGGAAGAAGCCAAGUUUGACGGAAGGUAGAUUGAGCUGCAUGAUAGAAGCUCACGGAUGUGGUCGUUGUUUUUAGUGCGUAUCUGGAAAUAUUUGCCUGGAUCAAACACACACACACAACGCAAAAACGAAAAUCGCCAGAUCAAACAGGAUUGAAGAAAAGGGACGCAAAUAUUCACACGCGUCCUGGUGGAUCAAAACCAGAUUGUCUUCCACUGCGCGGGAUGGAAACGGGUGAGAGACGGACAGAAGUCUUCCGCUCCUGCUCUCGAGGAGUUCUGUCCUCCGCAGACCAUAAUGAUGCUGCUACAUUACCACGAAAAACUGUUACCGGUGCUUGGGACAAGGAGAAAGCUGUUUAAAUCAGAUUUGCUGCCUUUUGCUGCCUCUGCUCCUCAUACCGGCGGCAAGAGGAGAGAGCAGGGGAUUCUGGGACGCGGACCCUCGCAGAGAAGCUGUCCCUCGAUUCCUAGAUGUCAUGUAGUGUUCUCAACCUCCAGACCACAGUUCUCUACAUUACUUGUUUACCAAAGCUACGUAUUUUUGAUAAGUAUCACAGCUACUUUUUAUUUUGGAUGUAAAGGCAGGUACUAUUUGCUUAUUAACACAGGCUAGUUCAUAUCUCGACGUAAAUGUUGUUGUGUUUGAUGAAGUUUGUCAUUUCAGGACCUUGUUUUUUUUUUGUUUUUUUUUUCCCCUCAUCAGUCCCAUUUCUGUACCGUUUACCUCAAGUCUGCAUUUCCUGGGCUGGACUUUUUCCUCAUACAUGUCUGGCAGACUGCUGGAGAGCGUUUUUAUGUUCACUUAUCCAAGUCGCUUCACUUGUCUCUCCGUAAAGGUGCCUGUUUUCCUGCCUGGCUAGUGCCAUUUCCAAUAUUUAUUGAGGUGUUUUGUUGUGAGAGUGAAAGCCCAUGCAGUGUGUACCCAAACCAGCCAAAGAGCAUAUCAUGUAAGCCUUCACGUGUGUGAGCAAAAAAACAGUUGUCAAAUUUCUCCGUUUUUAUUUUAUUUUUUUUUAAUGAAGCCGGCGGGAACUAAGCAUAACUGCUAUUAAUGCUUUUGUGUUUUGCCUUUACAGUCCUUAAAUGUCAUGUCUCCGGUGAUGCAAAAAUACAACUACGUUUUCGGGAUCUUAAAUCUCUAGAUGGUGAAUUUUGUAUAGUGUUCAUAAACACUUUAUACAUGUCCUGAAGUGACUCUAGAUGAAUGUAAUUCAAAACAAACAUGGAAUAUAGUUGCGUUAACACGCCACAUGCGUUCACAUUGUUCAAGUGAUGGCGAUAGAGAGGUAUGGAGCUGCCAUUCAAUUAUUUUUGUCGUCUCUGAUGAAUACGCUUAAAUAUAAAAAUUGAAUAUUUAAAAAGGAAAUGUAAUCCCAAAACAAGAAUAGAUCCACUCACUAUAAAGCAGUAAAUAUGUGGAAGCCCACUGAGUGUCGGAGUUGAUGUCAAGCUUUAUUUUGAACGUGUUUUUAAGGAUGAGUCGGUGUCCAUGCCCAUUACAUUUUACUGCAGACCGUUGUCACAUCAUAUUGCAGUUGUGAAUCUUUAUGGUUUAACUGCCUGUAGCUUUCAGAAUCUGUGGGGAAACAGACCUGUGAAAUCACUGAAACUAUAUUUCUUGUUUGAGGAAGAGAAGCUCUGUGUUUGGUUAGCGGUGGAUCGUAUUGAAUGUUUUCAUCAUGAGGCUGGAAUGUUCUACUUCAAACCCACAUUAUGCCUUCAAUAUAAAAUUAUGUAUUUGUUUAUAAGAAAAAUGUAAUUUUAAUAAUCAGCAUCAUGUGCUUAUGAGGAAUGUUUUCCCAAAUUAGUUAUUUAGUUGUUUUUUUUUUGUUUGUUUUUUUUACGCUCUGCAAGCGGCAGAACGAGUGGUAAUUCUCUAACAAAUGCAAAUUUGCUUUGUCAAUUUGGUGUGAAACACAGUGCCUUUAUCCUUUUUAAAAAUAUGUUUAUUGAACCAGUCUAUGCUUUUUAUGUUUUUAUUUUCAGUCCAGUUUUCUCAGCUGCCUGCAUUCUAGCUCACCUGGGUUCUGAUCAGUUCUCUACUGUAAAUAUGUACAUUACCAUUUCAUACAUGUUCAGACUUACAACACACGGUCAUGGUGUUUUUUUUUUUUGUUUUUUUUUUCUCAACGUAAAACACCAAGACGUCACUGUGCUGUUCCACUUGUACAUUUCUUUUCAAAAGGUACUUCAUAAUAAAGAUGUCAAAUAAACAAGUGAUGUCU